GAGAACUCGUGUCUGGCAUGCAGAGUACAGAGAGAUCCAACAUCUUCUGACAGGUCAGGACGAGGAGUUCUUUUCGAAUGCGGCGACAUAGCAAAAUUCCCGGUUUCAUCAGUCCAGCCCACCCCCGCGCUUCCUACCUUCACCUACCAGCCGCAUCAUUCCAGAGACCGACGACACGUGGGUUCUUCUGCGCAUGCCCACCUUCUGGGGACAGUCUACGUGCCCUUCCGGUGGCCCUUGCCUAUAUCAAGCCGAUAUCACCGGACAAUCAAAGCAGCAGCGGCGACAGCAUAACGUGCAGCAUCUGAGUCGCCUAUUAUUCUUGUACAGGUUCCAUGCGUGGCCGGAGUUAAAUGAUCAGACCGGAAAGACCUACCGUCCGAGCUCUGCUCCUGGGAUUCCUUGUGCUUGGCGGCUACUACUGCAUCCAUAAGCGAGUCGUGAUCGACGCCACAUAUAACACUCAAGCUAUCUCGGUGAGCGUCACAGUACCACAGCCCACGAAUGACGGCACAAGCGUGACACCGACACUGGCCCAGCCGAAGAAGGAACGGUAUAUAGUGGACACUCCUGGCUGCAAGAUCCCAAACUUUGACCCUUUCGACGAGAGCGUACGCAAAUAUUAUAAGAAAGUUGGUCGGUACAGUUGCAAGGGCAAGCCAUCGUUCAUUCGGUUAGUCAACGGGACCACGCCCGUGAUCGACGAGCCGUCGCUCCUGACCACCUUCAAGUGCAAACCGAAGGACGUACGAUGCACUUACAUCGAGAUAUACCGAAACGAGUCUGUUCGCGUACCAGACGAUGCGUUCUUCUUCAAGCCCGAAGUUCAACUCAACUUUGGAGAACCACUGAAAGCCGAGUUCGUGCACGUGCAGUGCUACAGGGGGGCCCUGUUCCACGAGGAGUACCUGCUCCUGCCGCUGCUCAAAAAGGACGUCGAAGAGCGCUGCGAACAGGUGCGGCACGAGGCCGGAAACAAAGGGAGUGGACUGAACGUGCUCGUCCUGGGACUCGAUUCUGUGUCUCGGCUAAAUUUCAACCGACACCUGAAAGAGACCGGCAACUACGUGCGCGUUGUGCUCAGGGGCUACGAGCUGAUGGGCUACAACAAGGUGGGCCUCAAUUCUUAUCCGAACCAAACGCCCCUCCUGACCGGUCUGAGCGGGAACGAAGCAAGGAACGCGACGGGAGGAAAGUUCUUCGAUGCGCUCGACUUUUUGUGGAAGCGGUAUGCGAAAAAGGGCUACCGCACAGUGUUCCACGAAGAACAGCCCAAGUAUGGCCUCUACAGUUAUGUGGGCGACGGACUGAGGCACGCGCCCACCGACUACUACACACGGCAUGCAGUAAUGGCAAUCGACAAGUCGAAGCUCAAGAAGAACUCGUACUGCCUCGGACCGAGGCCACCACUCGAGCUCUACCUGGACUACAUGCUGAGCCUACUCGAGGUGCUCGACAAGCGACCCUUCUUCGCGUACUUCUGGAUGAGCGAGCUGGCCCACGACCACCUGAACAUGGCCGGCCACUGCGAUGCCCCGCUGAGGUCCGCCCUGGGCAGGCUCUAUGACAGCGGCAUCCUCAACAACACGGUGCUCGCCUUCAUGAGCGAUCACGGCCUCAGGUUCGGAUCGCUGCGGCAGACGUACAUCGGGCGGUUCGAAGACAGCUUGCCAUACGCGUUCCUCGUGUUUCCGCCCUGGUUCCUGCAGCAGAACCCGCGCUUUGCCGCAGCGCUCAAGUUGAACCAGAGGCGGCUCGCGACGCAUUUCGACAUGCACGCCACGUUACUGCAGCUGCUCGAAUCCGGGAUGCCCAGGACGGUGACAAGGCACGGCCAGAGCCUCUUGCACGAGCUGCCCGUGACGAGAACCUGCACUGAUGCUUCCGUGCCGGCUCAGUUCUGCGCGUGCGUGGAGACCGAGGCGUUUGCAGUGAACCACCCGCUGUCCCUUAAGGUGGCGCACUUCGUCGUCGCCAGUGUCAACAUGCUCGUCGGGCAACAGCUGAAUGGCAAGUGUACCCCGUGGGCACUCAAGUCGGUGCUGGCCAUCCGCUUCUACCCGCGUGGCGUGGUCGCCAAAGUCGGUAACACCACCGACAGUGACUACUGGGUCAAGCUAUCCGCGGCGCCUGGCGAUGCCCUGUUCGAGGCCGUCGUGCGCCACUCGGUCGACUGGAAGACAUCCACCUUCUCCCUGGUGCAGCAGGCCGACCGGCUCGACUGCGCAUGGAUUGGCGCUGGAGGAGUUUUCGGCGUACGGUCGACCGCCACACGGACGGAUGGACGGACGUAUCGCAAGCCACCUACAGCUUCGCUGUAAUAAAUUACAGGUUCGACGCACCUGUUGGAACCUGUGAAUCGAAGCCUUCGUGAAGCGGUUACUUAAGUGCCAUAAAGCUCAAUGCUUUUUGUACAAUUCUACAAAAAGCAUUUCGUCGUCUAUGCAACGCGCAAUCUCACGCAAUGUUCACGUGCCGUUGCGAUCACAACCUUAAUGCCAUGACAUAUUUAUGUUUACGCGCUGCACCGUUCACAAUCUAAGCCGAUAUACAAAGAGCAUGCGAAUGCACACUGAGACGCCGAGGCAGUGACGUGACGAGAACGAUGGUGAUCGGGGCGGGAGGAAUGCCGAAAGAUAUAGGACGCGAUAGCCAGGGGUAAGGCUCGCUAUUAUUUUUUUUUUCUUUCUAGUUUCACUCCUGCGUCCAUGACCUGAUGGACUGGUGUGAAACUCGUGCGCCUAUGCAAGCCGUAGCGCUCUGUGACGUGCGCGCGUGCUGCGCGGCGUGAGGCAUAUUCAGCAAAAAAAAAAAAAAAAAAAAAAAAGCAGUCCCGGAUAAAACAGCCUCGCUUUGACAGGAGGAAGCACGAAACCGCGCGCUUGCUGUGUAAGACAGGUCUGUUAUGCAGGCCCUGGGGAAGUUGAGCAGGCACGCAGUUAUUCUUAGAAAACUGGCUUAGAACUUUCUGCUUUGAUAGUGGACGAUUGCCAAGUCUAUCGAGUGACAUCACCUGCCUCUCGGCACUAUAGCGCGUGUGGACAAAGCGAGGGUGUUUGUCGUCGCAUGUGCCUCUUCACAUGCAAGUGACCAAUGACUUCGAUCGACUUACUCAACGACAUACUGUAGCGCGAAGGCACAAUCGCAAAGAAGACACACGUAACAGGUGCCACUAGCAACUAUAUUCGAAUGACAGUGAUAUGCAGUCUAUAUGCUGUUCCCAACGCGCAGGCGCACCAGCCACCUCGGGCAGGCUACAGAGGGCGACUAUAAGAACUAGCAAAAUCAUUUGAAAAAUCUCAAGAAAGUACGCUCCAUGUUCCAAAAACAUCACAACUAUGACCUAUACAAACACUGCAUUUUUCUAUGUAAAACGAUUAGAAUAGCGUACAAGCCCAAGUCGCAGGCCGUCGAAACGGCUUAGGCUAAUAAUUAGGCAAUGUGAACGUGAAUGUCCCCAAGUGAAUAAAUUCAAGCUA